AUGGCAACACAUCCUAACCAGACAGAUGUGAAAUAUUUCAUCAUUAAUGGGAUAUCAGAUGAACCCAAAUUGCAGUUUACUAUUUUCCUUCUGGUUCUUCUGAUUUAUCUCAUCACCCUAUGUGCUAACCUCACUAUUCUCCUCGCUUGCCGUGACCCCAUUCUCCAUACUCCCAUGUACUUCUUCCUGGGCAACUUGUCUAUAGUAGACAUCUGUUCUUCUACAGUCACUUUGCAUAAGAUUCUUAUAAACUUUAUUACUGGAAAUAACAUUGCUUCAUUUUUUGCUUGCAUGGCGCAGAUGUACUCGUUUGGCUCCUUUCAAGGUAUUGAGCUGUGGCUAUUGACAUUCAUGAGUUACGAUCGCUAUGUGGCCAUCUGUAAGCCGUUACAUUAUCACAUGGUAAUGAAUAUUAGAACAUGUGCUAUAAUGGUUUCUGUCUGCUGGGUGCUGGGAUUUAUGCAAAUCCUUCCUCCUGUUGUUAUUGUAUUUAACUUUUCUUGCUAUUUAUCAAAUGAAGUCGACCACUUCUUCUGUGACAUUGUCCCUUUAGUGAAAAUCUCCUGCGACGACAAGUCUUUUCUAGAAAUGCUGCUCUUCGUAGAAGCUUUGUUUCCUACAAUGUUUACUCAAUCUGUCCUGACUUUCAUUCCUUACGUUUUCAUAAUAGUGGCCAUAGUGAAGAUCCGUUCUGGAUUUGGCAGGCGUAAAGCCUUCUACACGUGUUCCUCACACCUGAUGGUCGUCGUACUUUUGUACUCAACACUUUUCAGUCAAUAUCUUACACCAAACGUCAGCAGCACCUUGCACGUCACAAAAAUGUAUGCUCUAUUCAACGCAGCUGCCGUGCCCAUGCUCAAUCCACUGAUCUACAGCCUGAAAAACAAAGAUGUGAAAAAAGUGUUGAAAAAGGGCUUAAGGAAGCUCGAAGUUAAUUAA